UCAGUGACCAACCUUGCAAUUUACCCCAUCUUCUUUGUCCCCUAAAAAAUCGAUCUAAACCCACCCUCUUCUCAUCAUUCUUCUUUUUCAAUUAACAUCUCCAGGAAAAAGAAAUCUGAAAUCAAGUUUCCCCUCUUCUCCUAGAUCGUGUGUCCCUCUCCUCUACCCGUAUUAUUUUCUGAAAAACAGAGGGAAGCUGAUUACUUUUUUUUUUCUUCCUUUCUUCUUUCACCGCCGACCAUGAGACCCGACGGUGACGACGACGGUCUGAUCUAUGGAGGUGAGGUUUCGGACGGGAAGAAGAUAGGAGAAGGCCGCCGCUGUCCUCGUCGCCUACAUGAUAGAAAUUGGAAGAGUCUCAAUCCAGGUUUAUACAUAGUCUAUGGUCUCUCCGAGAAAGGAAUGAGACCCAUAGGAUUGGAACGAUGGGAAAAACACGCUGACUACAGAGAUGUGAAAGAUCCCUGAUGCUUUUGUGUAAUAAUAGGCGGAGUUCAGAGCGAUCAUAUUGCUGGCUUCAAAACUCGAGAGAGAACUCUGGAAAUUCUUGGAUUCAUAUA